AUGGAUGAUUCUUUUGAAAUAAAUCACGAAUCAGAGGAAUUAUCAGAAGAAUCCGUCCGAGAUGAAGAUGACUUUAUAGAGAGAGUGAAUCAAUUAAAAAAGAUUGUACCAAAUAAAUAGGAUGACUUUACAAUUAUGGAAGAAGGAUUGCCAGAUGAUUUAUUGGAAUUACAUGAAAAAAUAUAAAGAAAGUAAUAAAAAAAGAUUGAACAAAAACCAAAAAAGCAGAGCUAUGUUCCAGUUAACUAAAUACGAACCACUCUUAUUAUCCAUUUAUUUAAGUUAUAUCGAGAUCAUAAAACUAUGAACAAUUAAACUGAAUUCGCAUUCAAAUUAUCUAAUUUUUUAUAUCCCACUAUAGAAAUGAUUGAAACUAAACUAAAUUAAGCAAAAAAUUUACAAGAACAAGUUUCUGCUCUUUAUUAAGGUUUUGCUUUGACUUUCUAAUUGAAAAACCAAUUCUCCAAAGGUAUACAAAUUUACAAUUUGAGCCCUUCAGAAUAUAUCAUAACUUUUGCAUAAUUAUGUAAGUAUUAUGGACUGAAUGUAAGGUUGGUAAGAGCAUUUGAUGUUGGAUUUUUGGGUCUGGAACUAAAAUUUAAGAUUCGCACAAUAAAGAAAACUGACUAAGAGAGCGAAGAGACAGAGCAGAAUACCAAAACAAUAUUUGAUCUAAACUCUUAAUUUAUGACUUAAUCAGACAACGUUGAGUCUUUAAAUAAGUUUAUUUUUUAAAAAUCGAAUAAGAAAGAUAAAACAUUAAUAGUAUCAUAAGAAUUACAAAAAUAAUAACAAUAAUAGAAUGAGAAUAAAAGUUAAAAUGAUCUCUAGUAUGAAUUAAAAAAAUCGAAAAAGAAGGAUAAUAAAAAAUAACAAAAUGAAAGAUAAAUUAAUUAGGAUAUCUAAACAUAAAAUUAGAAUAUUUGGCUUGAAUUUUAUGAUUCUAAUUCGAACUCAUGGAUUCCAUUUGAUCCGAUAUCGGAUAGGUUUGUGUUAAUGGAUAUAAACAUUUUAAAAGCAAAGCUUCAAAACAGUUUCAGUCAUUUUAUUAUUGCUGCUUAAGAUUUAACAUUCAAAGACCCUAAUUUUCAAAUAAACAGAUUAUUUGGCAAUACUCAUUUUGUGGAUGUCACAUUAAAGUAUUCUUAUUAUUUUUUUGGACAAAGAUUUCAGUUAUCACUUGAAAGAUGGUUCAAUCAAUUAGCUUACAAUGCAAAAUUAAUCUACAAAGGACUUUAAUAAUUAGUGAAUGAACCUGUCAGUGCAAAUAUAAUUGUACCAUCUCCAGGUAGUUAUACUAAUGAAAAAGAAUUUAAAUAUAGUUAAUUUUAUGCUAUAGCAUCAUAACUUUCACAAUAUUAGAUGAUACAUCCAGAUGCAAAACCAAUUGGAGUUAAAUUCAAAGAUGAAGAUAUUUAUUUAUAAAGUGAUGUGAUCAUUCUUCAUUCAAGAGAUAAAUGGAGAGAAUAUUUAAGAGAAGUUAAACUUGAUGCAUAACCAAUCAAAGAGGUCAGUUAAAAGUUUGAUAAAACUAAAACUACAGCUCUAUUUGCCCUUUGGUAGACUAAUGAUAUCAAAGUAAGUUUGGAAGACAAUGAUGGAAAUUUACCAAAUAAUGCUUAUGGAAACUAUGAAACCUUUUCUUUUCCUCCUCCCAAAGGGACUAGACUUGUUAGAUUGCAAGGAAUUAAGCAAUUAUUAUCAAAAAAUAAUAUCAAGUUUAUUGAAGCAGUGGAUGGGUUUGAUUCAUAGAAUGGUAGGAUGUUUGCUCAAAAAUGUGGUUAUUUGAUUUUUAAUGAGGAUUAUGAUAAGAUUAUUGCCCUUUAUGAGUAAUUCAAAAUUGAAAUAAAUGAAAAGAAUAAAAUUAAUAAAAAAAAAGAAUUACUUAAAUAAUGGAGUGAUCUGUUUAAAACUAUUCUAUUAAAAAGAGAUUUACAAGCAAAGUACUAAUAAAUUAAUUGA